CCCGGCCCGGCCCGCGGCGCCUCCGUGCUGCUGGAGCCCGGCUCCGGGCGGCUGCGGGUCCUGCCCGGCCGCCACCCCGCCGCCGUCGCCUGGGCCGGCCUCACCGACCACAGCCGGGCCGUCGGCUGGGCCUUCCUGGAGGUGGCCACCAACGCCUCGUUCAACGACAGCCUGCAGGCCUACGCCGCGGGGCUGGCCGAGGCUGCCGUCACCGAGCAGCUCAUCUACAUGCACUGGAUGAACACGGUGGUGGGCUACUGCGGGCCCUUCGGCUACCAGACCCCCUACUGCGAGAAGCUCCGCGCCUACCUGCAGGCCAACCUGGCCUGGAUGGAGGAGCAGAUGGCGUCCGGCCAGCACCCCGAGUACUGGCACCAGGUGCGCCUGACGCUGCUGCAGCUGAAGGGCCUGGAGGACAGCUACAACGGGCGCGUGGCCUUCCCCACCGGCAGCCUCUCCCUGUCGCCUUUUGGCUUCCUCCUCCUGCAGCUGGGGGGGGACUUGGAGGACCUGGAGCAGGCCCUGAACAGAUCGUCCCCACGGCGCCCGCUCGGCUCCGGCUCCUGCUCUGCCCUGCUCAAGCUGCUGCCGGGCCGUCGAGACCUGCUGGUGGCCCAUGACACCUGGGCCCCCUACCAGACCAUGCUGCGCAUCGUCAAGAAGUACACGCUGCCCUUCCGUGUGGCGCCUGGCGGCUCUGCUCAGAUCCCGGGGAGUGUCCAAGUGUUUUCCUCCUACCCCGGCACCAUCUUCUCCGGAGAUGACUUCUACAUCCUGAGUAGCGGGUUGGUGUCUCUGGAGACCACCAUCGGCAACAGCAACGCGGCGCUCUGGAAGUACCUGCGGCCGCAGGGCAGCGUCCUGGAGUGGCUGAGGAACAUCGUGGCCAACCGGCUGGCCCGCAGCGGCGCCGAGUGGGCCACCAUCUUCAGCCAGUUCAACAGCGGCACGUACAACAACCAGUGGAUGGUGGUGGAUUACAAAGCCUUCUCGCCAGGGAAGGCUGGCCUCCAGCAAGGCGUGCUGACGGUGCUGGAGCAGAUCCCGGGCUUGGUGAUGGUGGCUGAUAAGACAGAGGUGCUGUACCAGCAGGGAUACUGGGCCAGCUACAACGUGCCGUACUUUGAGGAGAUCUUCAACACCAGCGGGAACCUGGAGCUGGUGAAGAAGUACGGCGACUGGUUCACCUACGACAAGAACCCGCGCGCCCAGAUCUUCCGGAGGAACCACUCACUGGUCCAUGACGUGGACUCUAUGGUCCGCCUGAUGAGGUCCAACAACUACCUGCAGGACCCGCUGUCGCGGUGCCGGGGCUGCGACCCCCCCCAGAACGCCGAGAACGCCAUCUCUGCCCGCUCCGACCUCAACCCCUCCAACGGCACCUACCCCUUCGCCGCCCUGCGCCAGCGCUGCCACGGCGGCACUGACAUGAAGGUCACCUCCUUCGGUAUGGCCUCCACCUACGGGCUGGUGGCCGCCAGUGGCCCGGCGUGGGACGACGUGCCCCCCUUCCGCUGGAGCACGUCCCCCUGCAGCCACCUGCUGCACAUGGGGCACCCCGACCUCUGGAGGUUCCCCCCCGUCAAGGUCCGCUGGGACUGAGCCCGGGAUGACCCUGGCACGCGGUGGCCGCUCAUCCAUCCGCGUCCGUCUGUCCAGAACCUUUUUUUGGGGGGCAAACUCCACAGCGCAUCAGCUGCUGGCUCUCCCUUCUCACUAGGGCUGGUUUGGGGGGACAGCAUGGGGGGGGACCGGCUCUGACCCGUCCCCUGUCCCCUAUGUUUUUCUCCCCCUGCUUCUCUCGCCGCUCAUUGCUGCGCCGUGGGGUGUCCCACGCUGUGUAAGGGGCUGUGCCCCCGCUGUGCCGCCGUGCCCAGGAUCGGGGGGCUCUGUCCCCAGCCCCAAAAAUGAGCAAUUUGCCCCGUGGGAUGCUUCCCUGGGGCGACUCCCAAAAAGGGGGUGCUGGGAGGCUGGGGCAGGCACCAGGACAGCCCCAUGGCAGAGAGAAGGUGAGUGACCGGGUUUGGGUUUGACAAAUAAAGCGCUCUGCGUGCGGUG